GCCGCGCCGCCGCCGAUGGAGCCGGAAUAAAGGGGCGGCCGUGAGAGCAGCCGGUUGCCGCCCGCACGCUCUACCCGCGCCCGGCCCCGCGGGCGGCCUGGAGCAGAACUGAUCGUCAAGGAAGGCGGAUCCCUCCUGGCAUGCUGGAACCCUGCCCGGAAGAGCGCUCUGUCCAGUCCACAGAGCCCUGUAGUCUGACUUCUUGCUUCAUGAGUUGGGACUUCUGACCAGUCCCUCUGCUGUGCCUUGUCUGAGGUCCUUGUCCAUCCCCAAACUUGGGCAGCUUCUCUCUGGGUUGAGUCACCUUAAGUGGGAAACUGAAGCCAUUACUCUCCAAACCCUGUUUCAUCUUCCCAAGCAUGUCAGAAAGCUGGCAGCAGCCGCCACAGACGCAGCCGCAGCAGCCACAGCAGCCACAGCCUCCACAGCCUCAGCACCAUGCAGAGCCACCACCAGCCCUGGCUGAGCACACGCUGCCCACAGGCACGGCCGAGAACCCCCUGGGCUGUGCCGUCUAUGGCAUCCUCCUGCAGCCUGACCCAGGCCUGCAGCCCCCGCAGCACGCGCCCCUGCAGGCGGCAGGUGAGCCUAGCCCCAAGUGUGGGGUGUGUGGGCACGACCUGGCGCACCUGUCCAGCCCACAUGAACACCAGUGCCUGGCGGGCCACGACCGCUCAUUCCAGUGUACCCAGUGUCUCAAGAUCUUCCACCAGGCCACUGACCUGCUGGAGCACCAGUGUGUGCAGGCGGAACAGAAGCCUUUUGUCUGUGGUGUCUGCAAGAUGGGCUUCUCACUGCUCACCUCGCUGGCACAGCACCACAGCGCACACAGCAGUGCCGGCGGCCUGGUAAAAUGUUCCAUCUGUGAGAAGACCUACAAGCCAGCAGAGGCGGCUGAGCCAGCGGCCACCGCUGCCCCGGCGCUGCCCCCGGCACCUACUGUCACCACUGCUGAACAGACGGACAAGCCCUACAGCUGCUCCAUCUGCCAGAAACCCUUCAAGCACCUGUCGGAGCUCUCACGGCAUGAGCGGAUCCACACGGGGGAGAAGCCGUACAAGUGCACGUUGUGCGACAAGAGCUUCAGCCAAUCGUCCCACCUGGUGCACCACAAGCGCACGCACAGCGCCGAGCGGCCCUACAAGUGCGCGGUCUGCGAAAAGACCUUCAAGCACCGCUCUCACCUGGUGCGCCACAUGUACGCGCACUCGGGCGAGCACCACCUGUUCCGCUGCAACGUGUGUGAGCUGCACUUCAAGGAGUCGUCGGAGCUGCUGCAGCACCCGUGCACGCCGAGCGGGGAGCGGCCCUUCCGCUGCGGCGAGUGCCAGAAGGCCUUCAAGCGGCCGUCGGACCUGCGGCAGCACGAGCGCACGCACAGCGCCGAGCGGCCCUUCAAGUGUGACCUGUGCCCCAUGGGCUUCAAGCAGCAGUACGCGCUGAUGCGGCACCGGCGCACGCACAAGACCGAGGAGCCCUUCAAGUGCGGCCUGUGCGAGAAGGGCUUCGGGCAGCCCAGCCACCUGCUCUACCACCAGCACGUACACACCCUCGAGACCCUCUUCAAGUGCCCUGUGUGCCAGAAGGGCUUCGACCAGUCGGCCGAGCUGCUGCGGCACAAGUGCCUGCCCGGCGCUGCCGAGCGGCCCUUCAAGUGCCCUGUGUGCAACAAGGCCUACAAGCGGGCGUCAGCCCUUCAGAAGCACCAGCUGGCCCACUGCGCGGCCGCCGAAAAGCCCCUGCGCUGCACCCUGUGCGAGCGCCGCUUUUUCUCCUCCUCGGAGUUCGUGCAGCACCGCUGUGACCCAGCCCGUGAGAAGCCGCUCAAGUGCCUGGACUGCGAGAAGCGCUUCAAGUACGCGUCCGACCUGCAGCGGCACCGGAGGGUGCACACGGGCGAGAAGCCCUACAAGUGCCCCAAUUGCGACAAGGCCUUCAAGCAGCGUGAGCAUCUCAACAAGCACCAAGGUGUGCACGCGCGCGAGCAGCAGUUCAAGUGCGUGUGGUGCGGCGAGCGCUUCCUGGACGUGGCUCUGCUGCAGGAGCACAGCGCACAGCACAGCGCAGCUGCCGCAGCCGCCGAGGGCGCCUACCAGGUGGCCGCCUGCCUGCCCUAAGCUCACAGGGGCCCCCACAGGCCCAGCCUCCCACCCAGCUUGGUGUUCCAAGGUCCCCGAGCACAGAGAGGGCAGUGGGCAGAUGGGGGGGGGGUGGUUGCCCGACACUCCUGGCCGUGGCCUGGGUUGGGGCAGCUUGAUUGCUGUGGCUGGCCCUGAUUCCCGAAGCCUCUUUCACAUCAUGGGAUUAGGUUUCUUGAGGGGACCUGGAGCCAGACCGGAAGUCAAGUGACCUCUCCCCACCCCAAGGAGGGGGUGAUGCCAGCCCAACCUUCCCGACCCCUUUCAGCCUGAUUAGAAACCAGAUAGGUUAGGAAAGAGAAUGACCACGGCAGAGCCUGGAGAAGGGCCCGCACCCAGAGGGCAGUCAGAUGUAGGGCAAAAACCAAAACCAAACCUGUUGUCACGGUGAUGACUCGUGUCGUCGACACCGUAUGUGACAGAGUGGAAGUGCUCCACAGGGUUUUCUUGGCUGUAAUCUUUACAGAAGCGAAUUCUCAGGUCUUUCUUCUGUGGCACCUCUGGGUGGGUUUGAACCCCCAACCUUUAGGUUAGUAGUCAAGUGCAAACCAUCUGUGCCACCCAGGGACCUUGGAUGUAGGGCAACCCCCCUCAAAUUGCUGUUUGGGGGAGCAGGCCAGAUUUGUGACAUGGUCCUGGGGACCAGGAGGGCAGGCAGUGAGCCACAUGUUUUUUGUCUGCUCCCACUUGGGAUGCCUGUGCCUGGCAGGUUAUCUGACGGGCAAGAUGUACCAGCUGAGGUCUCAGGGUUGGGUCUACCCAGAGAGUGGCCGGCCCAGGCAGAGGGGGGCCAGAGAAGUCCUCUGACACCCUUGGCUGGGGCUGGUCCCGUCCGGGGGAAAGGAGCAAAGGCGGCCUCUUUUUGCUGAGGGCUGAUUCUGCUGUUUUGGAAGCACCCUUCCGACCUUUGCAGCAUCGCUGGCGCAGUGCUGGGCAAUGUGCUGUCAGCCAGACAGAAGUGGUGUGUGAGGAGGGGACUCUUAGACCACUGGGGCCAGGAGCAAGCAGGCAAGCCCAGGGUUUCCUCAGUAGAAACACACAAGUGUCCUUCCCCUAAAUUAUGUGAGCCAAAGCAUCAAGGGUGUGGCUGGGAACAGCCUCUAACCCCAGGUGCCCUCCCAGCCCCUGGGAAUUUUCCCCCAGCCAGUCAGUCCGACUGCUGGCCUGGACCCUAGGGGCCUUGUGCUAACAGGAUGCCUGGGACAACAUCCAGCUAUUUCCAAGGCCAGAGCAUUCUCCCUUGGGUGCUUCUAGGGUCCUUCUGGAUCUCUGGCUGCCCACAGAGCUCAAGGAGCCUCAGGUGUCCAGGGCUUAGGGAAUGGGUGGUGGAAGAAGGACAGAAGUAGAUGAUGUACUUGGCAGGGAGAUGGAGUCAAUCGCCACGGCUGGAUGGCCUAGGCCCUCCACAGACUCACCUGGCCCCUCCUCAGGAAGCCCAGAAAAACCAAAAUCAAAUCUAUUGCCACUGAGUUGAUUCCAACUCACAGUGACCCCAUGUGUUACAGAAUGGAGCUGCUCCAUAGGGUUUUCUUGGCUGUAAUCUCUGUGGAAGCAGAUCACCAGGCCUUUCUUCCACAGCACCUCUGAGUGGGUUCGAACCACCAACCUUUCAGUUAGCUGAUAGCGAACCGUUUAUGCCACCCAGGCACCCUUGGGAAGCCCAGAGGGACAUUUAUUAUCCAGGUUAUUAUUUUGAACCCAGCUCUGCUCCCUGCCCUCCUCCAGCCCUACCUCUCCCUGGUCAUGGGUCUUGAAAGAAGACUUUUAACCAGUGCACCAAGGGCCCCGAGAAGGAGGGAAAUGCUCCUUUGCCUCUCUCUCACCUUACGAAGUCUGAAAAGCCCACAUAUGCCUCCUCAAUCUAACUGGGUCCCCCUCCUAUGCCCACAGAGGGACGGCUCCUCCCCCCUUGGCGCUGGCUCUUGGUCACAAUGCCUCAAAAGACAUGGAACCCAAGCUUACAAAGUCCCAACUGCUAAUUUUUUCCUUUCAUUUUGCUUUCUAAAAGCAUUUUGUUAUACCAUUCAUUAUAUUGUAUAGUUUAAUUUCAUGUCAUUUUGGAUCUUAUAUAAAAAUCAGAAUUUGGAUUUUUAAAAAGGAUGACUCCAUUUUAGGUAGCCACUUUUGAUGUUAAUAUAUAGUGAGUCCAAUGUACUCUUUAGAAGUAAAGACAUUGACUGUCACAGACCAAAGCACAACUUUUUCUGGUCGUUCUUCUACAGGGGAAUGGGCUGCGGAGGGGGAGAGUGGGGUGCUCAGGCCAGGCAGUAGGCUUGCGGUAGAAACAGAGGGCUGGGUUCGACUCCUGAGCUUCAAUUGUUCUGGCUGUGGAAUCUUGGGCAAAUCACUUAACCUCUUUGAGACUCAGUUGCCUCAUCUGUAAAAUGGAGAGUUUAACACUCAUCUUAGUUAUUGUGAGAAUUGAAUAAGUUCAUGUAUGGAGGCUCUGCUGGGAAAGG